UGUAGCUGCCGAUGCAGAAAACCUUGUUUUGACAGAAAUAUCCAAUUGAUAUGAUACCAGUGCGUGCUUGUCUAUAUGAUCCCGACUGAAACAAGUAACAUCCAUUGUUGACCGGAUUUUUCUCUUUGGGUGAGCAGUAAUACCGUCUAUUGAACGUUUAUAACAGGGCUCUAUAGAAAUGAAUACAGGGAGUGGCGGUAAGCUUGCCAAAAGGGUGCUUCGCAUUGCGAGGCCGUUGGGAGGCCCAUUUAGUGGGAGGGCCGCUUCAGGAGUGAAAACACUACAAGUCUUGAUUAACAAGCCGCAUGGAACCAGAACAGUCACUUCAUAUAAGGACAAAUGGACGUGUCAGGAAAUUCGUAUACCUACACCAUGUGGUUCACUGGCUGCCAAGUCCUGGGGACCAAUAGAUGGUGCACCUAUUCUCGCUCUUCAUGGAUGGCAAGACAAUGCCAACACCUUCGAUCUACUGAUCCCUCUGUUGAAACCUAAAUUCAGGAUCAUUGCGCUAGAUUUUGUUGGUCAUGGGUAUUCGUCUCAUCUUGCGCCAGGGCUUUAUUACUCGCCAAAUAACUUCAUUAUGGAUGUGGAACGUACUGCAAACUACUUUGGUUGGGAACACUUCGCUAUUAUUGGACAUUCAAUGGGUGGAGGUAUCGGUCAUAUGUACUCGAUGCUUUUCCCUGAACGACUUCGAACACUAAUAACGAUCGAUGUGCCCCUCCCGGUAACGAUGACAACUGACAAAUUCGUUAUGGGGACCGUAUUCUCUACGCUCAACCUUAUUCGCAUCGAGAAGGAAUAUUUUGGCAAAAAGCCUUUCGUUUAUUCGACUCAGGAAAUUAUCCAAAAGCAUAUGGCAACGACUAAAGACGCGUAUACAAAGGAAGCGGUGGAAAUUCUAAUGCGAAGAGGCUGUACUCAAGUGGGGCCUGAUCAGUUUGCAAUCAAUCGAGAUCGUCGUAUUAAAUAUAUGUUCUGGAAUUCAUUUGAUGUGACCACUGCCGAGGAAUUGGCUGCCAGAUAUAAGAACGCACUACUUGCUAUAAGGUGCCUACCAAUGCGGUUUCCUCGGCAGGCUUAUCACAGAAUACAGGCAAUUUAUCGGAAGAACUGUUUGCACUACCAGUACAAUGAGGUUGAAGGUCUUCAUCAUAUCCAUAUGACCGACCCGCAAAAAAUAGCACCGAUUAUUAACGAUUUUCUUGAUAACUGCCCAUAUUAGCACAAACCAAUAGCCAGGAAUUGCAAGUUGUUACGGAUCUGUUAAACCCAUUUCAAAUAAUUAUAUAUGCAUACAUGCUCCUCCUUCUUGUCCAAAUAUGAAGUCAUGAACGUGUGAAGCAUGUUUCUCAGUACUCUGCCCAAUAAAAGAAUCUGUUUGUCUACAUUUUAUGUUACAAGUACUGCAACUCGAACAAAGAUAGACAUUUUAAAGACUCCUAAACUUAGGUUAACUCUUAUAAAUACAGCAAUUACUUUAAAUUUGUUUUUGAAAUCAGUUCAUUAGAAUUGUUAUCGUUAUGCCGUAUUAGCAAUAGCCAUAUAGUAAGAAAUUCAUAGAACUUCUUCAAUUUUGUUUCCCAAAUUUUCUGAGUCCUUCAUGAGAGGCUGUUGAGAAAGAGUGCCUCAUGAUAGCCUACGUGGACUUCUGCCAAAAGUAUCACUAUCUACGUUGUCUUUCUUGGCCACACGGCAGAAGGGCGCGAAUUUCAAAUGCAAGCCAUUGAAGAAAUUAAGAAUACUUUAUUUAUUUAUUUGAAUUUACUUUUCUAUUUAUUUAAUACACUGAUGUUACUACAAUUAUUGGUCAAUUCAUGCACAAAGAGACGACAAUUGUUGCUUUUUAAUAUAUGAUUUCAGAAAGUCGAAAAGAGCCAUCUGUAGUAUUACUGCUGCGUAAUUAAGCUAGUAAACCCACAGUGGAUUGGAUGAUUUUAGUUAAAUACUUAUUUGCAUUAUCUUAUAACAUAUUUGAUAAACAAAACAAUAAAAUAAAUUAAGUUAAAACAA